GAUAAAUGCGAUAAUCAAAGUCUUAAAAAUAAAACAGUUGCUUGUUAACAGCUAAAUAUUUAUUGAAAUUAAUCCGCCUGUAUAAAGCAAUUUGAUAAAAAGUUUAAACAAUCAAUAAAUUAACGCUUACAAAAGUUUCAUGUGCAAUACACAAGCUUUUAUUCUAACUUCCGGAAUGCAAAUGGGUCCAGUGGAAACACAGGUAAUAAUAACUCGUAUCUAUUUUAUUUGCGCUAUUUUAGUGACAGACUAUUCGUCAUUUUUUCUAAAAUGAUAGCACGUGCGGUGAUUUACAAGUGUGACAAGUAGGGGUUAUAACAAGCGCCGUUAUUAUCGUUUUUAUGUUAUGUGCGUUGAGCACUUAAUCACAGCUAGACAUUUCACAGUAUGUGCAUACGUGCAUAUGCAUAUAUGCGAAACGGGUAUAUAACAAAGCGACAACAAAACGGAUGCCGCAAUCAAGUAGUAAAAGCCGAGCACGACGGACAAUACUCCUUGCAACGAUCUUAUUCACGGAAAAUGAACAUGUACUCGCUGGACUACGAUGUGCCGGAAGCACCAUGUUCGUCGCCCUUCCCGGUAAACGGACUCUCAUUGACCGAUGUCUGCAACGGCAAUUCUGCCACUUUGUUUCUGUCUAUGGUGAACAUGUUAGCUGCCUAUAGCCCAAUAAUUAACGGAAUGUGCGAGCGAAUCACGCCUAUCAAGAGGCCGCAAUUUAUUUACGACUUCAUUGUCGUUGGAGGUGGUGCAGCCGGAUCAGUCGUAGCCGCUAGACUGAGUGAAAUUGAGAACUGGAACGUGCUUCUUGUAGAAGCUGGACCAGACGAGUUACCUGGCAUGCAAAUACCGAGCAACCUUCAACUCUAUCUCAACACCGAACUGGAUUGGAAUUAUAAAACCACGAAUGAAUCGUACGCGUGCUUACGAUAUAAUGGCAGUUGCAGCUGGCCGAGAGGUAAAAAUCUCGGAGGAUGCUCUUCCCAUCACGGUAUGGCGUAUCAUCGAGGCCACGCGAAAGAUUAUGACAGAUGGGUGGAAAUGGGAAACGCGGGAUGGUCGUGGAAAGACGUGUUGCCGUAUUUCUUUAAAUCAGAAAACAAUAAAGAAAUUGGAAGGGUCAGGGCAGAAGAUCAUGCUACUGGAGGUCCAAUGACGGUCGAAAGAUUCCCCUGGCAGCCGCAAUUCGCUUGGGACAUAUUGACGGCUGCAGAGGAAACAGGUUUAGGAGUCAGCGAGGACUUAGUGGGCCAGAAUAUCACGGGUUUUACCGUGGCACAAACAAUCAGCAGAAAUGGCGUCAGACUUAGUGCCGCCAGAGCUUAUCUAUGGCCAAACAGGAAUCGCAAAAAUCUGCACGUGGCUCUAAACGCGAUCGUAACGAAAGUCAAUACGAUGAAAAGUUUAUCAAAAGUAAAAACCGUGGGAAUCACUUUCAUUAUGAACGGCCGGCAAUACAACGUAAAAGCGAAAAAGGAAGUGAUUCUUACGGCUGGCGCUAUAAAUUCGCCUCAGCUUUUGCUCCUAUCAGGUAUCGGGCCGAAGGAACAUCUAGAUUCCAUGAAAAUUCGCACGGUCGUCGAGCUGCCGGGAGUCGGUAAAAAUCUUCACAACCAUGCGUCAUACGGCGUGGACUUCAGUCUCAAUGAGACGCAUAUAAAUGAACUAAAUCUGGACAAUGCCGAUACAUAUUUAUACAAUCAAACUGGCCCGUUAUCGUCUACGGGAUUGGCCCAGGUUACCGGUAUACUAGCGUCCAACUACACUACCGCUGAUGAUCCGGACAUUCAAUUCUUUUUCGCUGGCUAUCAAGCCAUUUGCAAUACAGGUGGUAGAAUUGAGGACUUGAAAAUGUACGAUAACAAACAAACUGUUAGGUUUAUCGCCGUAAAUAUUCAAACAUUAAGUAGAGGACGACUAAUGCUGGCCUCAAAAAAUCCUUUAAGUCCUCCGAUCAUUUGGAGCAAUGAUUUAGCGCAUCCGCAAGAUCGAUCGAUUAUUUAUCAGGGUAUUCAGUAUAUCUUCAAGCUAUCACAAGCAGAAACGAUGAAAAAAUACAAUCUAAAGAUGAUAGAUGCAAUUAUCCCAGAAUGCGAACAAUAUAAAAAAAAUGGAGAAAUGAAUUAUGAGUAUUGGGAUUGCAAAUUCCAAUACGAUACCAGGCCCGAAAAUCAUCAGGCCGGGACUUGCAAAAUGGGUUCCUCUUCGGAUUCCAUGGCUGUCGUUAAUCCAGCUCUCAAAGUUUAUGGGAUAGAUGGUUUAAGAGUGGCCGAUGCUUCCAUUAUGCCACAGAUGAUUUCCGGUAAUCCUGUUGCCUCGAUCAAUAUGAUCGGUGAAAGAGUCGCUGAUUUCAUCAAGAACGAUUACAAAGUGAUCAACAAUUAAAUAAAGAUUAUGUAAAUUGCCUUUUAAUACCAAAGAAUUAGAUGUAGAAUUAGAUGUAGAAUAGUUUUUAUUUCCACGUUAUGUUUUUUGUAAGUA